AUCCACCCUUUACUUGGUAAUCUCAUUGUCACUCCCGCACGCGCUUCCGGCCACAGAUUUAUUUCCAAAAGUGACGAGGUUGGAAUGAUCUUUGGGAUCACACCUACCCGACGGACGCUCAGGAUCUUUUCUCGCCCUAUAUAUGGACGUGUAGACUGCGUUGGCAUUGCAUUGAAUCAUCAUUCAUCAGCCGUCUUAUUCAUAAUUUGCAGUAGUCGAGAAGACCCUGAAAGCAGAGAGAGGGGGAGAGAACAGGGGAGGAGAAAAGAAGGAGGCUUUUCCUGGUUCUGGUUCUGGAAAAUCCCGGAUUUAAGAUAUUGUUGUGGUUCCUUCCGAAGUGUGUGUGCGAGGAAGGGACAAGAUGGAGGGAGGUCAUACCAAACCCGAUAAGACAGAGCUCACCGAAUGUUGGCGCACCACAUGGAAGGCGCCGUAUAUCAUGAGGCUCGCACUGUCGGCUGGAAUUGGUGGAUUGCUGUUUGGCUAUGACACAGGGGUCAUUUCUGGGGCGUUGCUCUAUAUUCGGGAGGACUUCGAAGAGGUCGACAAGAAAACGUGGCUACAGGAAACUAUUGUGAGUAUGGCUGUUGCUGGAGCUAUCAUUGGAGCUGCUGUUGGUGGGUGGAUGAACGAUAGAUUCGGAAGGAAAAUAUCGAUACUUCUGGCCGAUGCCCUGUUCUUUAUUGGUGCAGUCGUAAUGGCCGCCUCUGUAGCUCCAUGGAUGCUCAUCAUCGGAAGAAUACUCGUAGGUUUAGGCGUUGGAAUGGCUUCCAUGACCGCGCCUCUCUACAUUUCCGAAGCUUCUCCUGCUAGGAUAAGGGGCGCGCUAGUUAGCACAAAUGGUUUCCUCAUUACCGGAGGGCAAUUCUUGUCUUAUCUCAUCAAUCUGGCCUUCACUCAUGCACCUGGGACUUGGCGUUGGAUGCUCGGGGUAGCUGGACUUCCUGCCCUUGUUCAAUUCAUCCUCAUGUUAUUUCUGCCAGAGUCUCCAAGGUGGCUCUACAGAAAGAACAAGAUCGAUGAAGCUAGGAGUAUUUUGGACAAGAUUUAUCCUGCCAAUGAGGUCGAGGACGAAAUGAAUGCCCUACAAGAAUCUGUUGAAGCCGAAAUAGCCGAUGAGAGCAUCGUGGCAGAGAGUAUGAUUGCCAAAGUGAAGGGUGCUUGGAGUAACCCGGUAGUUCGAAGAGGAUUAUAUGCUGGAAUUACGGUUCAAGUGGCUCAGCAGUUUGUGGGAAUUAAUACGGUCUUGUAUUACAGUCCGACGAUAGUUCAGUUUGCUGGGUUUGCUUCGAACAAGACCGCUUUGGCUCUCUCCCUCAUAACUGCCGGCCUCAAUGUGGUUGGUACUGUUGUGAGCAUGGCAUUUGUCGAUAGAUAUGGACGGAGAAGGUUGAUGAUUGUUUCCAUGUUUGGUAUUAUUGCUUGCUUGGUUGUGUUGUCCGUCUUAUUCUGGCAAGCGUCUCUACACGCCCCUGCGGUUAGUAAGUUGGGGUCUAGCCACUUCGGUGGAAACACUACAUGUCCCGCUUAUUUGUCGGCUCCAAAUGCAGCCUCAUGGAACUGCAUGUCUUGCUUACACACUAAAUGUGCAUUUUGUGCCGAUGGUACAAAUAAGUAUCAACCUGGAGCAUGUAUGAUUUCUGACAAAGGAAUAAGGGGCAUGUGCCGAGGCGAGCGACGGAUAUGGUUCGAGAAUGGCUGUCCAAGCAAGUUCGGAAUAUUCGCCGUCCUUCUCCUUGGUCUGUACAUCAUAUCUUAUGCACCUGGGAUGGGAACCGUGCCAUGGAUCGUGAAUUCAGAGAUUUACCCACUGAGAUAUCGAGGCACCGGGGGAGGGAUUGCAGCGGUCGCCAACUGGAGCUCGAAUUUAGUUGUGAGCCAGACGUUCUUGACCUUGACAGAGGCUCUUGGCUCGGCCGGCAUCUUCCUCCUUUUCGCCGGGUUUUCCUUUCUCGGGCUCAUCGCCAUUUACUUCUUGGUGCCGGAAACCAAGGGGUUACAUAUCGAGGAAGUUGAGAAGCUGUUGCAAGAGGGAUACAAGCCUAAGGCUUUCAAAAAGAGGAAAUCCAAAGUUGAAGGGUCUUCUUGAAUUGUUCUCUUCUUCUUCUGUAUCAAAAGCAGUUUAGCUUGACUGCAAUGGUUUGGAUUUCUUAGAACAAAUCUCUUCAUCUUUUAGUCAAUAAACAAUAAUAUCAUAUGGCAAUUUAGCAAGGAAGGUGUAAAAUUCUAUAGCUUUAGUUGAAAUCAUGGUAUUUCAAUUUUAUGGUAA